AUGUCUAAGUCUCUGAAGAAGAUCGUGGAGGAGAGCAGGGACAAGAACCAGCCCGAGGUGGACAUGUGUGACCGCGGCAUCUCUAGCAUGCUGGACGUGCCCGGCCUCUGUGAGUACCGGCGGCGGUCUCUGAAGAAGAUCGUGGAGGAGAGCAGGGACAAGAACCAGCCCGAGGUGGACAUGUGUGACCGCGGCAUCUCUAGCAUGCUGGACGUGCCCGGCCUCUUUACACUGUCUCAUAUCACACAGCUGGUCCUGAGUCACAACAAGCUUACAACUGUGCCAGCCAACAUCGCAGACCUGAGAAACAUAGAAGUGCUCAACUUUUUCAACAACCAGAUUGAGGAGCUGCCUACACAGAUCAGCAGCCUUCAGAAGCUCAAACACCUGAAUCUUGGCAUGAACAGGUUAAACACCUUGCCAAGGGGAUUUGGCUCUUUACCAGCUCUGGAGGUUCUUGACUUGACUUACAACAACUUAAAUGAAAAUUCUCUACCAGGAAACUUCUUCUAUCUGACCACCCUGCGUGCACUCUAUCUAAGUGACAACGAUUUUGAAAUCCUGCCGCCAGAUAUUGGGAAGCUCACAAAGUUGCAGAUACUGAGUCUUAGAGACAAUGACCUGAUAUCCCUGCCUAAAGAAAUUGGUGAGCUCACUCAGCUUAAGGAACUUCAUAUCCAGGGAAAUCGUCUUACUGUGCUGCCCCCAGAACUAGGUAAUUUGGAUUUGACUGGCCAAAAGCAAGUCUUCAAAGCAGAGAACAAUCCUUGGGUUACCCCUAUUGCUGACCAGUUCCAGCUGGGAGUAUCUCAUGUUUUUGAAUACAUUCGUUCAGAAACAUAUAAGUAG